UCUCCUUCAGAGCAGGCGUGGGCCUCCGCCCUCAGCCCUCCUGUCCGGAGUCCCAGUCAUGGGAGAUGAGACCAGAACCUCGGGACGCGAGGAGCUGGCGCCGGGUGCUGGACCGGGCGCUGGGACGGGCCCUGUCGUCUGCGGCUGCAGAGAGAUGCAGGAGGAGACGGUUCCGAGCCUCCCGGGUGCGAGUGGGGAUGACUGCGUGGAAGGACGCAGCCUGCUGGGGAGCCACGAGAAGCAGCCUCAGGGGCUGCCUGCGACAUCCAGCCGCCGGCAGAGGCUGAGGGCAGCCCUGGCCUGGCCCCCGCACGGCCUGCUGGCCAGACUGGUGACCAACGCGGCCAUGGCGGUGCUGCUGUGGGCUGUGCUCUGGUCUGUCGCGGCCCAGGAGGGCCUCCCGGGCGGAAACCUGUUUGGGGUCCUGAUGGUCCUCUACGGCGCCAUCGCUGGGGGCCGGCUCCUGCGGCUCCUGCGCCUGCCUGCGCUGCCCCCGCCGCCAGCCCUGCUGGGCAUGCUGCUGGCCAGCUUCCUGCUCAGGAACGUCCCCGCGCUGAGUGAUAGCAUCCACGUGGAGCCCAGGUGGUCUUCGGCGCUCAGAAGCGUGGCCCUGGCCGUCAUCCUGGUCCGCGCGGGCCUCGGGCUGGACUCCAAGGCCCUGCGCAAGCUGAAGGGCGUCUGCGUGAGGCUGUCCGCGGGCCCCUGCCUGGUGGAGGCCUGCACGUCCGCACUGCUCGCCCACUUCCUGCUGGCUCUGCCGUGGCCGUGGGCCUUCCUGCUGGGCUUCGUCCUAGGCGCCGUGUCCCCGGCCGUUGUGGUGCCCUCCAUGCUCCUCCUGCAGGGGGACGGCUACGGGGUAGAGCAGGGUGUCCCCACCUUGCUCAUGGCUGCCGGCAGCUUCGACGACAUCCUGGCCAUCACGGGCUUCAACACCUGCCUGGGCAUGGCCUUCUCCACAGGCUCCACGACGCUCAGCAUGCUCCGAGGCGUCCUGGAGAUAGUGCUCGGGCUGGCUGCCGGCUCUCUCUCGGGCCUCUUCAUCCAGUACUUCCCGAGCCGCGACCAGGGCCGACUGGCGUGGAAGCGUGCCUCCCUGGCGCUGGGGCUGUCUGUGCUGGCCAUAUUCAGCAGCGUGCGUUUCGGCUUCCCCGGCUCGGGGGGCCUCUGCACCCUCGUCCUGGCCUUCCUUGCAGGCAGGGGAUGGGCCGACCAAAAGGCAGAGGUCGAGAAAAUCAUUGCAGUUGUCUGGGAAGUCUUUCAACCACUUCUCUUUGGACUGAUUGGAUCAGAAGUCUCCAUUGCAUCUCUCAGACCAGAAACUGUAGGCCUUUGUGUAGCCAUCCUGAGCAGUGCUGCACUGAUCCGGAUUCUGACAACAUUCCUGAUGGUGUGCUUUGCUGGUUUCAACCUGAAGGAAAAAAUCUUCAUUUCUUUUGCCUGGCUUCCCAAGGCCACCGUGCAGGCUGCCAUCGGCUCCGUGGCACUGGACACCGCCAGGGCCCGUGGGCAGACACAGCUAGAGGAGUACGGGAUGGACGUGCUGACCGCCGCAUUCCUGGCCAUUCUCCUCACCGCCCCGCUUGGAAGCCUCCUCAUCAGCCUGCUCGGCCCGCGGCUCCUCCAGAAAGCGAACCUUCGGGAAGACAGGCAGCGCCCGGGAGAGGCUUCUCCACACGCGUAGAGGCGCAGGGUGCAGGGUCCAAGCUGGGAAGCGGCUCACAGAGGCUGGGAGGGUUGAAAUGGGGCCUGUUCGAGCUACGGCCACAGCGGGCGCAGAGGAAGCUGCUGCUCCGCCGUGCUCCCUCGCGUCUGGGAAACCCUUCCCCACAGCAGGCACACAGGCUUUGCUGUGCGCUGACAAACCUUCGUCCGGACCCAGCCAACCCGCCAGCCCAGCCCGGCCUGCUGGCUCUCUGGCCUCUGCGAACCGUAUGGGACCGUCUCCACUGCUGCCUGCGGGAGGGCCGGAGCACCCUGCAGUCCCCUCACCAGCUCCUCAGUGGCUGAGCUCUGGGUGAGACCACUGACUCAGUCACAUCUCAAAGUACACUGAGCACAAGGAGGGGAGUCCCCUCAGGAGCACAGGUGCGAGCCCAGUCCCAGAAGGGAGGGAGUCUCGUCCACAGCCCCCUUCUUUCCUAAGUAGGGUCUCUGCCCGCCCACAGCACCAAGACGGCGUCUGCACCCGCGCCCCCGCUCGCCGGUCCACUGUGUGCUCCCGCCUCAGCGUGGGGGUGGGGGCAGUGGGCCGGGGUCCCCUUUUCUGGGAGCAGCGGGCGGCCAGGCUUGGGGCAGAGUGGGCGCCCCGCAGAGCCGCCCGCCCCCCAGUUCCUGCCUCCCUCCCACUCCUGCCUCACUGUACAAGACUCGUGACUCUGGGUUGUCUCUGUUGGUCUCUCUGUGGGCGCCUCCCGCCAGCAAGCGCCCCAGCCCCGCCUGCUGCUGCGGGCGGCCCGGCUUCCUCUGACCCCGGGACCUGGGGACCCAGUGAGGACGGCGAACCCGGGACUUCCGGGCCCACCAGAGCGGCGCUGCCGACGCGGGGUCCCGUGACCGAGGCUCGGCCAGCAGGGCCCCGGGGGACACGCCGGCGGGGCUGUGCCCGAGAGAGCGGC